AAAAUCAAGUAAUAGAGAAAUUGAUCGUCACAAAAUAUUUUUUUGCUCUUCUCUGUGGCGCGAAACUGAGAGACUCUUGAAUUUUCACUGAAGCAAAGCGCGUUGAUGUAUUGAAAGGUAAUGAAUUGGUGAUAGAAUAUGGGAUGUUCGUGUUUAAUGGAAAAUAAAAGUGAAUUACUUAAUCUGUUUGAUAAAGUUGGAUUAUAAUGUUUUACUGACCAUUAUUACCGGUAAGAUCUGAUGAGCGAACAGAGAGAACAAUGGGCCUGGUAUGCAUCGUCCACUAUUUGCCUCAUUGGUGGUAUGCUUCUGGGUACUGUAGGUGUCACAAUGAUAGUUAUUGGUUUGCACACAACAGACAAACUAGAAGACAGAGUUUGGGAAGUCUCCUUGCUCAUAGUUGGGUCAGCUUUCUUCAUCAUUCUACUUGGAGCUGUGGGAUGCGCUUAUUCGAGGAGCCGCGACAUCAUACGAAACAGAGAACAAAGUAUUAUUAAAUGCAUAGCAUUUCACACCAGCAUGGCCGAACUUCCGGAAGGCACAAGUGUGCCACCUUGUUGUUCUAACUCAGAAGCUGUGAAAAUAUGGACCACGAUCAAUCCUCAUUCAAGAAUGGCCUGGAAUUCAGAUAUACCAGGCUCUUUGGAAGAUGAAAAAGAUAGCGACAAACCAACAAGUGCUUGAGGCUCAAAACAAGCGAUUCAUACUAUGUUGUAUUGCAUUGUACAAAUUGUAAUUUAUAUUAACUGAUUAAAUGGGAAAGACGCUUUCAUUUGCAAAGAAAAGUGACAAUCAGAAACAUGCCUUUCUCUAUAAAAGUUUUGAAUUUUAAAUGUUUUCAUACUUUCAAAAUCGCUUUUACUACCUUCAUGGAAUGUUCUUAAGCGUAUUGCUCCAAACAUCAUAUUUUAUUAUUCAAUCAUUAUUUGCAAAGGUUUGUUUCAUACAAAUUAUGUGCUACGAAGCAUUUUAAUUUUCUUCUGAAUAAAGAAUUAAACUACUAGCAAACUGCAUUUUUAUUUUAAACUUUAUGUAAAUAAGAUAUUUAUUUAAGUUUUAACCUUUAAAAAUAAUCUUAUUUUACUCACUCUGUGUUUGUGUGAACUUGUGCAUUUUAAAUUUUUCCGUGCAUCAUACAAGAUUGUAUUUCAUUUAGUAAUUUAAAAGUAGGUUUGAUUUGUGACAUGAUCAAAAAAUUUAAUGAUGAGUUUAAUAGCAAAAAUGCUGAAAGGACUAAAUUGAAACUAAACUUAAUUCAUAAUCAAGGUAAAAAAAAUGAUGUACAGUUCGAGGUGGAAAGUUAAGAGCUUUCUAGAAAGUCAAUAACUUACAGAAGAUAUUAGUUUUAAAUAUUAAAAUUAACAAUAAAUUAUAUUAAUUGACUUUUAAAUUAAUAAUAAUUUUUGUUUUACACUUAAAAAUUUUCCUAUUAAAUUUUUCAAGCAGCACCAUAAAUUACAUCACUUAAACAGAAAAUGCAUUAAACUAACUGAAAUGCACAAUCAAAAUGUUAUGUGUGUGGCAAAUGCAUUCUAUCUCAUAGAACGUGUAUUAAUCACAAAUAGUAUCGUUUAAAAUUUUUUGUUCUUAUGAGUUUUGUUAACAAUUUGUUACUCACAGCAGAUCUCAUUCCACUUUUAUAGGGCAUAAAAUCAUCAGAAACAAAGUAUGGUGCAUCCAAGUUAUGAACGCUGUGAUGACAUUAGAAUUGAAUAUUUAUUACACUAUUGAUUUUGGGCAAAAUGGUGAAACAGAAAUUUUUUUGCUACACAUAUUCAAACUUUUGAUUUGAUUAGCAGAUAGCCUUUUAAAUAUUUUAAGAACCAUAUAAGUUAUAGAAAAAUGAAGUAUUUAAAGUUAUGGGGAUUUUUUUCCUUAACUGUUUAAUAUUCCAUUUUUACUAUUAAAAUUAUU